ACGAAGACUAAAAAGAAAAAGAAACUCUAACGUUCAUCAAAAGGCAAAGAUGUAUCGAGUCCAAAAAACCCUAAUUUCAGCUUUCAUUAUCUUUUUGUCUAUUCUACCGCUUCUAGUCUCAGCCACUGAUGAAGAAAACGAAUGUGGUGGCUCCAAUAAAGGAGGCUCCGCUACAGAGAAGGCAGCAAUUCUUAAGUACAAGAUCGGAGCAUUCUUCUCCAUCUUAGUAGCAGGAGCGUUAGGAGUCUGUUUACCUAUCUUCGGCCUCAAGUCAGAGAGCAACUUUUUCAUGUUCGUCAAGGCAUUUGCCGCAGGAGUAAUCUUAGCCACCGGUUUCGUCCACAUUCUUCCAGAUGCCACCGAGAGUCUCACGAGUCCAUGCCUCGGAGAAGAGUCACCAUGGGGUGAUUUUCCCAUGACGUGUUUUGUUGCCAUGGCUGCGGCGAUUGUUACCAUGUUGAUUGAGUCUUUUGCGUCAGGGUAUUUGAACAGGUCUCGUUUGGAGAAUGAGGCUAAGACGUUGCCGGUGAGUACCGGUGGAGAUAAGGAGGAGCAUUCUCAUAGUGGCUCUGCUCAUACUCAUGCCUCGCAAGGACAUGCUCAUGGCUCUCUUCUCGUCCCCCAAGAUGAUAUGAGGAAAAAGAUUGUGACCCAAAUACUUGAAUUGGGGAUUGUGGUUCACUCAGUGAUAAUAGGAAUAUCUCUGGGAGCAUCUCCGAGUGUAAGCACAAUAAAGCCUCUCUUGGUUGCAAUAACUUUCCAUCAACUGUUUGAAGGUUUUGGUCUUGGUGGUUGCAUCUCUGAGGCAAAGUUUGGGGUUAAGAAAAUAUGGAUUAUGGUGUUGUUCUUUGCACUCACGGCACCAGCAGGGAUUGGAAUCGGGAUUGGAGUGGCAGAGAUUUACAAUGAGAAUAGCCCAAUGGCACUAAAAGUGUCAGGUUUUCUUAAUGCUGCAGCUGCUGGAAUCUUGAUUUACAUGGCGCUAGUUGAUUUGGUAGCUCCACUAUUCAUGAGCCACAAAGCUCAGAGUAGUAUGAAGAUACAAUUAGCUUGUAGCCUUUCUCUUAUUCUUGGUGCUGGUUUGAUGUCUCUUCUAGCUGUUUGGGCUUGAAAUUAUUUGGGCUUGCAGAUUACACAUGUUUUGG